GCUGCUGCCUCUGCCUCGAGGACCCCAGCUCCUCUGCCCCCUGGCCAUGAUGCCUGCUGCCACAGCCUUGCUCCGGGGGACCCUCCUCACUGCCUGGGCCCUGCUGCCUUUUGCCCAGGGCCAGACCCCCAACUACACCAGACCCGUGUUCCUGUGUGGAGGGGAUGUGACUGGGGAGUCAGGUUACGUGGCAAGUGAAGGUUUCCCCAACCUUUACCCCCCCAAUAAGGAGUGCAUCUGGACAAUAACGGUCCCUGAGAGCCAGACUGUGUCCCUCUCCUUCCGAGUCUUCGACCUGGAGUUGCACCCCGCCUGUCGUUACGAUGCUCUUGAGGUCUUUGCCGGUUCUGGAACCUCGGGCCAGCGGCUCGGACGCUUCUGCGGGACCUUCCGGCCGGCACCCUUAGUCGCCCCCGGGAACCAGGUGACCCUGCGGAUGACAGCGGACGAGGGCACGGGAGGACGAGGCUUCCUGCUCUGGUACAGCGGGCGGGCCACCUCAGGCACUGAGCACCAAUUUUGCGGGGGGCGGCUGGAGAAGGCCCAGGGAACCCUGACCACGCCCAACUGGCCCGAGUCCGAUUAUCCCCCGGGCAUCAGCUGUUCCUGGCACAUCAUCGCGCCCCUGGACCAGGUGAUCUCGCUGACCUUCGGGAAGUUUGACCUGGAGCCUGACACCUACUGCCGCUACGAUUCGGUCAGCGUGUUUAAUGGAGCCGUGAACGACGACUCCAAGAGGCUGGGGAAGUUCUGCGGUGACACAGCCCCAGGUCCCAUCUCCUCCGAAGGGAGCGAGCUUCUUGUGCAGUUCGUCUCGGACCUCAGUGUCACGGCGGAUGGCUUCUCGGCCUCCUACAAGAUGCUGCCGCGGGGCGGCUCCGAAGCCGGUCCUCCGCUCCUGAUCCCGGCUCCCAAGCCCGGAACCGGGCCCCAAGACAAGCCCGGAAUCCUGCCUGCGGAGAAACCGAAGGCCUCGCCUGAGGCCAAAGCAAUUCCAGGGGACCGGGAUGCAGCCAGUGUCCCCUGCCCAAAGCAGUGCCGGCGUACAGUCACCCUGCAGAGCAGCUUCUGUGCCAGCAGCCUGGUGGUGACCGCAACAGUGAAGUCCAUGGUUCGGGGCCCAGAGGAAGGCCUCACUGUCACUGUCAGUCUCAUUGGUGCUUACAAAACCGGAGGCCUGGACCUGCCCUCUCCACCCACUGACACCUCUCUGAAGUUCUACUUGCCAUGCAAGCAGUGUCCCCUCAUGAAGAAAGGAACCAGUUAUCUUCUGAUGGGCCAGGUAGAAGAAAACAGAGGUCCUGUCCUUCCUCCAGAGAGCUUUGUGGUUCCCUACCGGCCCAACCAGGACCAGAUCCUCACCAACCUCAGCAAGAGAAGGUGCCCCAAAUAGCCUGUUGGGGCUGCUGGGUCCCAGGCCUGAGACUCAAGCCAGCCUCCCAUCCCUUGCCCUAGGGACCCAAUUCUUAUCCAAAUAAAUGUUUGACUGACAAGG